UUAAUCCUUUUUCCAGUUCCGUUGCACCCCGACGAACAACAGUAACGCCCCUCGCCGUCACAUUAGCAUUAAAAAAAAGGACCAGAAAUUUCUCUCUUCAGCGUAAGAAGCUGAUAAAGCUUUCGAUUUUUCUUGCUUGUUUUGUUCGGUUUCGUUUGGAAGGUAAAGAUCCUGCCUUUCUUGAGGUCCGCGUUAUGGCGUGAAUUUUCACGGCCUCCUAGUUAGGAAAACAGCAUCCGGGGAAGAUAUGGCCAGCUGCAGAGUUGUGGAAAUAUAGCCUGCAUUUUCAAGACUUCUCCUUUGGCCUUCCGAAUAAAAAAGGCAAAAAGAGAUCUACCCGCGAUGAAAGUAUCGAAGUAGCGACGACCGCGGCCUCGGGCUUGUGAUUUCUUUACCCUUCCAUAUAAUAAUACGCCGAGGAAUGAUUGUGUCCCGUGUGCGAGGGAAGGAGGUGCUGGCAGUGAACAGUGCCCCCGGGAAAAGGAAAGGAGGGUUCUUGGGAGAACCUGCGCCGGAGAGGGAGGCGAAAAGCAAGAGAAUGGAGCUGAACCCGAGACUGGUGGUGUUGGUAUGGUGCCUGUGUUUCGCUUUUGGGUUUGCGCUGUGCAGAUCUGAGGUGGGUCUUGAGGAUCUCCGGGAAGGGGAGGGUCUUUUCUCUUACUUGGAGAGCGAUGCGGUCUCGCCCUCCGCUUCGCAGCCGCUCAUGGUUGGCCUCACUCUCAUUGAGGGUGCUGCUGCCAAAGGAGCUGUCUGCUUAGAUGGUACAUUGCCCGGUUAUCAUCUUCACAAUGGCUCUGGAUCUGGUGCAAACAGUUGGGUCGUCCAUUUAGAGGGUGGGGGAUGGUGCAAUACAGUGAGGAAUUGCGUUUACAGGAAAACUACUCGUCGUGGUUCAUCAAAGUUUAUGGAGAAGGAAGUAGCUUUCACAGGAAUAUUGAGUAAUAAAGCUGAAGAAAACCCUGAUUUUUUCAAUUGGAACACAGUAAGGAUACGGUACUGUGAUGGGGCUUCUUUCAAUGGAGCAGGCCAGGAUGAGGCUGCGCAGCUCUACUUUCGAGGACAGCAAAUCUGGUUGGCAGCAAUCGACGAGUUGAUGUCCAAGGGAAUGAAGAAUGCUGAUCAGGCUCUUCUCUCUGGAUGCUCUGCCGGCGGUCUAGCAUCUAUAUUGCACUGCGACGAGUUUGCCAACUUUUUCCCAAAGACCACCAAAGUGAAAUGCUUAAGUGAUGCGGGGAUGUUCCUUGAUGCAGUAGAUGUUUCUGGGGGCCGUGCUCUCCGGAAUAUGUUCAACGGUGUAGUCACCUUGCAGGAUGUGAAAGAAAAUUUGCCUAGUACCUGUACCAGCCAUCUGGAUCCUACUUCGUGCUUCUUCCCACAGAAUUUGGUUGCAAACAUUAAGACUCCAAUGUUCCUAUUAAAUGCUGCGUAUGACGUAUGGCAGGUCCAUGAAAGUUUGGCUCCACGAUCAGCCGAUCCUAAUGGCACUUGGACUGAUUGCAAAAUGAACCAUGCACGUUGUAAUUCAUCACAGAUACAGUUCUUACAAGAUUUCAGGAACCAAAUGCUCAAAGCAAUAAACACUUUCUCUAGGUCUGAUCAAAAUGGUUUAUUUAUCAAUUCCUGUUUUGCUCACUGCCAGUCUGAGAGACAGGACACGUGGUUUGCCAGUGAUUCUCCUCUUAUUAGAAAUAAGGGGGUUGCAGAAUCUGUAGGAGACUGGUUUUUCGAUAGAGCGACUGUUAAAGCCAUCGAUUGUGCUUACCCCUGUGAUAAGACCUGUCACAAUCUGGACUCUACUCGCUAACUUAUUAGGGAGAUUGAUUCUCCCUAUCAGCAAUUUUCGAGGGCUGUAAGAUUGGCUUGUAAAAUAAGGUGUUCCUGCUAAAUUGGCAGAGCAACAUCAUUAUAUAUGUCAGAAAUAUAGAAGGAAUUACAGAGGACAAUGAGACGAAAAGGCAUUUUUUGCUGGAAUCAA